GGGGCUUCAGCCCGGCAGAGGCUCGAAGUUCAAUCGAAACACCUGCCGAAGACCUGAGAGGAGGAAGAGGAGCAAGUAAACUGGACAGCAGCUCCACUGAAAGAUGAGGAUACCUCUGACAGCCUCGUUAUUAUUAACCCUGGGGUUAAUACAUCCCGUACAUAUGUCGCUUCAUUCCCCUCCUGAGGACUUGGAGGGAUCAGGAUAUGACCUGGAGGGCUCUGGCUCCGGUUCAGGGGACUGGUCGGAACAAGGUGAAGCAAAAACCAUAAAGGAUCAAACCUGCAGCAAAGACGUCAGAAUUUCUGCAGUAAAAGCAGGAGGUGGAAACAAGAACACUCUCCGUCAUUCUUCUGCCCAGAACUUUGACAACACGCUCAGAGACAGCGGAUCAUUUAUUGUUUUUGAAAACAGCAAGAGUUUCAUGGACAACAAAGAAAUCUUUGCCGCUGUUAUUGCAGGAGGUGUAAUAGGGGUGGCACUUGCUGUUGCACUGGCAGCACUAUUAAUCUACACGUGGCAGAAGAAAGAUAAUGGAGGAUAUGUUCUGGGCAAGCAGAGGGCUUCACACGAAGAUUAUCACAGAUCCAACAGGGAAGGAGUUGUUGUUUAAUUAUGCACCAAUGUUUGUGUUGUAAGGCAGUGGUUCCCAACUGGUGGGUUGCGGUCCAAAAGUGGGUCGCGGGUCCAUUCUGAAUACACCUCAAGUGACUCAUGAACACACUUUAUAUUGAAGUACAGUGAAUUUCUGGCACAGAGCUUUUAUUUCAAAGCGCCAUUUCCUGCUGUAGAGUGAGUGACUAAGGGAGAGCUACAUGACAAGAGACAGCAAACUAGCUCGAUGACACACAACACAAGUAUGACACUGGAUAUAUUUAACUGUGUGGACGUUUAACUAAUGACUAAGGUGAAAUCUGGACCAGUUGGGAACCACUUUUCUAAGGUGAUGCUGCCAGGCCGUUGUAGAAAUUACACUUACGCUGGAUUUAUACUUGUGCGUCAGCUCUAUGCAGAGCCUAUGCCGUAGCGUUUACACUUGCGCGGUGGCGUUUGUGUCACCCUGUAGUUACACCUCCAAAACACGUUGGCGGCAAUUUGUGUACUUCACUAUAACUCGCAGGAUUCACAGACUAAGCACAUUUCUGGACACAUUUUCCCCACAAAUACAACAUGCUAAUGUUUUUAGCACAAGCCUAUGGCAUUUUGCAUUGUAUAAAUUAGCUUAGUGUCUAGCGACUUUUCCUCUACUCAUAUGAAGCC